AUGGCUACCCAAACAGCCACCGUGCCAGAAACAAUGCGCGCCUGCCAAAUCAUCGAAUUCAACCAACCGCACCAAAUCCGCACCAUCCCAACCCCCUCGGCAACGGACCUCAAACCCAAUGAUCUCCUGAUCAAGAUCGCCGUUCCCUCCCUCUGCCACUCGGAUCUCGAGUACCAGAAGGGCGUCUUCCCCAUCACGCUUCCCGUUACCGCUUCUCAUGAAGGCACAGGGACAGUUCUCGCUUUCGGCUCGAAUGUAAAACGGUUCGACGUCGGUGAUCGGGUGGUUGCAGGACAGACUUUUGGGCGGUGCGGGGAGUGUGAGGUUUGCAGUGGGCCGGAAGAGUAUAGGCAUUACUGUCCGAAGAGGGAGGCGAUGAUGAGUGUUGGGGGAAGGAAUGGGGCGUUUCAGGAGUAUCUUGUUGUUGAUGGUAGGGAGGCGACGCGGAUCCCGGACAAGAUGUCGUUCGCCACCGCAGCACCGCUGGCUUGUGCCGGAAUGACGGCAUGGAGGGCAGUGAGGCAGGCGAGGCUGGAGAAGGGCCAGUGGUUAGGCAUCAUCGGUUCCGGAGGUGGUUUGGGCCAUCUCGCCAUUCAAUUUGCGAGGAAGUCGUUCGGGCUGAAGGUUGUGGGUGUCGAUGCGAGGGACGAGGGUCUGGCGUUGAGCCGGGAGAUGGGGGCAGAUCUUGUUGUGGAUGCGCGGAAAGGGAGGGAUGCAAUGGUAGAGGAGGUACAAAAAGUGGCAGGUCCCGGUGUUGACGCAGUGCUGGAGCUGUCCGGCCAUCCUUCGGCGGCUGAGACAGGCGCUGCAAUCACGAGAAAUCAUGCUAGAUUUGUCCAGGUGGCGAUUGCGGACAAGCUUCCAGUCGAUGUCUUGCAGCUGAUCUUCAAGGACCUGACUAUCAGCAGCUCGUUCAUGGCCUCGCAAGCGGAAACGGAGGCAAUGCUCCAUGCUGUCGUCGAUCACAACGUCCACGUGGAGAAUAACAUCUUCCGCGGGCUGGACGAGAUCCCUCGGGCAGUUGAAAUGCUGAAGAAGGCAGAGUAUCGCGGCAAGGCGUGUUUCGUAGUCGACAAGGAUGCUGUAGGGGUGGUGCCUGGAGACGGGCGGGUGUGA